AUGUCGGGGCACGUUGACGCCGAUUUCUCGGGGUGCAAGACCAAAGUCUACCCCGACGACCUGCCCAACACGGGCGUCGUGAUUGUGUUUCACAACGAAGCCUGGAGUACUCUGCUCCGGACCGUGUACAGCGUUAUAAAUCGCUCGCCGCACCGCUUGCUUUCUGAAAUCAUCCUGGUGGACGAUGCCAGCGAGAGAGAAUUUUUGAAGGCCUCGUUAGAGAAUUACGUGAAAAAUCUGGAAGUCUCCGUAAAAAUCAUCCGGAUGGAGCAGAGGUCGGGACUGAUCCGCGCACGGCUCCGCGGGGCAGCAGCCUCCACGGGGCAGGUGAUCACGUUCCUGGACGCGCACUGCGAGUGCACCCUGGGCUGGCGGGAGCCGCUGCUGGCCCGCGUGAAGGAGGACAGGAAAACUGUUGUCUGCCCAAUCAUUGACGUGAUCAGUGAUGACACGUUUGAAUACAUGGCCGGGUCAGACAUGACUUACGGAGGAUUUAACUGGAAGCUCAACUUCCGCUGGUAUCCGGUUCCCCAGAGGGAGAUGGACAGGAGGAAAGGAGACAGGACCUUGCCUGUCAGGACCCCUACUAUGGCUGGUGGCCUAUUUUCUAUUGACAGAAACUACUUUGAAGAGAUAGGAACUUACGAUGCAGGAAUGGAUAUCUGGGGUGGCGAGAAUCUUGAAAUGUCUUUUAGGAUUUGGCAGUGCGGCGGGUCCCUUGAGAUUGUCACCUGCUCGCACGUUGGCCACGUUUUCCGAAAGGCAACACCUUACACCUUCCCUGGUGGCACCGGACACGUCAUCAACAAGAACAACAGGAGACUGGCUGAGGUCUGGAUGGAUGAGUUUAAGGACUUCUUCUAUAUAAUUUCCCCAGGUGUCGUUAAGGUGGAUUAUGGCGAUGUAUCCAUCAGAAAAGCUCUAAGAGAAAACCUGAAGUGUAAACCCUUCUCAUGGUACUUGGAAAACAUCUAUCCUGACUCCCAGAUUCCACGGCGCUAUUACUCACUCGGUGAGAUCAGGAACGUUGAAACCAACCAGUGUUUAGACAACAUGGGCCGCAAGGAAAAUGAAAAAGUGGGCAUUUUCAACUGCCACGGCAUGGGAGGAAAUCAG